AGUGGGGCUCGGAGUCGUGGACGGCGUGACAUUCAGCGGCGGGGACUGGAAGCCUGUGCGCUGCGCGUCAUGUUGAGGUGCCGGAGGAUCGUGGGCUCCGCGUUGCCUCGGCGACAGCUGUUUUUUAAUAGCUGCAGAUGGUGCUCUUCAGGAAUUAUUCCCAAUGAAAAGAUCCGCAACAUCGGAAUCUCUGCACACAUUGACUCUGGAAAGACUACAUUAACUGAGCGCAUUCUUUUCUACACAGGAAGGAUAGCACAAAUGCACGAGGUAAAAGGGAAAGAUGGGGUUGGUGCUGUCAUGGAUUCAAUGGAGUUGGAACGACAACGGGGGAUCACUAUUCAGUCUGCAGCAACUUUUACCAUGUGGAAAGACACCAACAUUAAUAUAAUUGACACCCCAGGACACGUUGAUUUUACUAUUGAGGUAGAGAGAUCAUUGAGAGUUCUUGAUGGAGCCGUCCUGGUGCUGUGUGCUGUCGGAGGGGUUCAGUGCCAGACAAUGACAGUGAAUAGGCAAAUGAAGCGGUAUAAUGUCCCAUUUUUGUCCUUCAUCAACAAACUGGAUCGAAUGGGUGCAAGUCCAGACAGAGCCGUCCAACAACUUCGAUCCAAGUUGAACCACAAUGCUGCCUAUAUUCAGAUACCUAUGGGUUUGGAGGGAAAUUUCAGAGGGAUCAUUGAUCUCAUUGAAGAAAAAGCUAUAUACUUUGAAGGUGACUUUGGCCAAACGGUUAAAUAUGACGACAUCCCCCCUGAGUACAGAGCAGAGUCUACCGAUCGCCGCCAGGAACUGGUUGAAUGUGUUGCAAACUUAGACGAACAGAUUGGGGAGCUUUUUCUUGAAGAGAAAAACCCAACAGUGACUGACUUGAAGCUUGCAAUCAGAAGGACAACACUCAGCAAAUCCUUCACACCUGUGCUGGUAGGAAGUGCUCUGAAGAACAAAGGUGUGCAGCCUCUGUUGGAUGCGGUUCUGGAAUACCUCCCAAACCCAUCCGAAGUCCAGAACUACGCGAUUUCCAACCAGGAGGAUUCCAAUGAAAAAUCUAUGAUUUCGCUGAGCUCUGCCAGAGACAGUUCCUUGCCUUUUUUGGGCCUGGCAUUUAAACUCGAGGCUGGGCGUUUUGGACAGCUCACCUACGUCCGUGUUUAUCAGGGGAUGCUAAAGAAAGGCGAUUCCAUUUACAAUACCAGGACCGGGAAGAAGGUCCGGGUGCCAAGACUGGUCCGCAUGCAUGCAGACACGAUGGAGGAUGUGGAAGAAGUUUAUGCAGGAGACAUCUGUGCAUUAUUCGGCAUCGACUGUGCUAGUGGGGAUACAUUUUCAGAAAAAUCUAACACUGACCUUUCCAUGGAAUCUAUUCAUGUCCCUGAUCCUGUCAUUUCAGUGGCAAUGAAACCAUCCAACAAGAAUGACUUGGAUAAGUUUUCAAAAGGCAUUAACCGCUUCACAAAGGAAGACCCUUUCAGAGUUCAUUUUGACAGCGAGAGCAAAGAGACCAUUGUUUCAGGAAUGGGAGAAUUGCACCUGGAAAUCUAUGCACAGAGAAUGGAAAGAGAAUAUGGUUGUCCUUGUGAGACCGGGAAGCCUAAAGUAGCGUUCAGAGAGAGCAUUAUGACAACUGUACCGUUCGACUUCACUCAUAAAAGGCAGUCUGGUGGAGCAGGCCAGUAUGGCAAAGUGAUAGGCUAUUUAGAGCCUCUGGAGCAAGAAGAUUACACCAAGGUGGAAUUCGUUGACAAGACGGUCGGAACGAAUAUCCCAAAGCAGUUUGUGCCAGCCGUUGAAAAGGGGUUCCUUGAGGCGUGUGAAAAAGGCCCUUUGAUGGCUCACAAGAUUUCCGGGAUACGGUUUGUCUUAGAGGACGGUGCGAGUCACAUGGUGGACUCCAACGAAAUCUCUUUCAUCCGAGCUGGUGAAGGAGCCUUGAAACAAGCUUUGGGAAAUGCAGUCAUGUGUAUUCUCGAGCCCAUUAUGUCUGUGGAAGUUGUGGCACCCAACGAGUUCCAAGGAGAAGUGAUUGCUGGAGUCAAUCGCCGCCAAGGCAUCAUCACAGGACAGGACGGGGCUGAAGAUUAUUUCACUCUCUACGCUAAUGUGCCGUUGAAUAAUAUGUUUGGCUAUUCUAACGAAUUGAGGUCAUGCACAGAGGGGAAAGGCGAAUACACAAUGGAAUACGUCAAAUACCAGCCCUGCUUAUCCAGUACCCAGGAAGAAUUAGUUAACAGAUACCUAGAAGCAACAGGACAACUUCCUGUGAAAAAAGGCAAGGCAAAGAGCUGAUUCCCUGGAUGUGAGCUGAUCGUGAGGACCCACCACCAAACUUCUACUGUCGCUAAGCUCUUUUGAUUUAAUGACUCUUUAAUAUUCAGAGCAGACUGCCGAGUUUCAUCCUGGAUCGAUACUUCGACUUUAUUAAGUCACUAAAAGACUCUUGCUGAAAUGUUCACAUAGAAAUUCCAUUAAUUAGUCACUGUCUUAAUUUAAUAAAAUGUAAUUAGCUUUACUUUACAAAUUACAUUGACAGCACAUGUUUUAUUUAUCCUCCCAUCUUGAGCCCCAUGAUAGACAAUGCCAGCUGUCCUGUUGCAGAGAUACAUGAAUUCUUUUUAAAACGCUUGUCUUGGUAAAAGAAUUUGGAAAGGUAUAUAUAUCUCCAGCUAAAACUGAAGUAGAUAAUUACAACAUUGCUGGAGGCAGGUCAGUCUUUAGGAGCAAAUUUAUCAUGCAUCUCAGAAAGUGUCCCAUGAAAAGCAGAUCAUAAUUUUAUCAGUUUUCACUUUUCCUGCAUAUCCAGUAUCUUCUUCCUGCUACACAGAAUAAUUUUGAAAUUGACCAACUCAUGUAAAAUAAGACCGCAUAUACAAAAUGUACUGGUAUUCAAUUUAUUGGAGAUGUUAAAAGUUAGCAUCAACUGUUUUGUUUUCAAAACUUAAAAUAUUUUAUCAAAUAUUUCUUCAAAAUGGCAGUUUUAAGAAGCUUCAGCCCUUGGUUUAUAUAUUAAAUUUGUCUCAUACAAAGUUACCUCCUACCAGAAACUUGGUGACAAAUCAGUAGUUUUUACAUAUAUUCUUUUCCUUUAAAAAAAGUUUUCAAAAGUUUUAGCAAAAAUAUUUUUUUCUUUUCAGAAAUUACAAAGAAAAGAGGAUAUUUAUGGUAGAUCAGAAGUGACUAGUGCAAAGCUUAGAAAUAUGCGGCAAAGACUUAUAUAGAAGAAUCACAACAGUGGUUUUGGAAUAUUAAUGGAAGGUCAUCUA